AUGUCGAGCGAUGGAACCUCAAGGGAGCCUCCAACUGGGUCUCCCAAUGGCAGAGCAGAUGAAUCGGCAGGUACACCCCCAGAUCAGUCUUCCAACGGCACAACAGACGAAUCAUCGGUGCCACCAGCAAGGGCCCCUCGUAAGCGUACGCAAAGAUACAAAGAGUUGAAAAAGAAAGGGGCUCUGCCCAAGCGUCCCAUCCUCCCCAGGACCGACGAGGGACCUAACACGAGACCGCCCUCGCCAAUGCAGGCCCCUGGAGCUCGAGGUACGGAUUUAUAUCGGCCUCCUGCACAUCAGAGUAUACAGGGUGGACAACCAAGCAUGUACGCUCCAACGCAACCUGGCAUAGCAGCAGCGCCACAAAGUGGGUAUCAUACGGGUCCAUAUGAGUCUUCUUACAUGAUUCCGAUUCAGUAUGCCCCAGCACACACGGAUGGGUAUGGAACGCCAUACACAGGUCACAGCAAAAUACCUCAAAUGACAACGCAAGUCCCCAACUUUUCGUAUCAGGCAUAUUUGGAUCGAAUGCAAAUGUACCAGGAACAGGAGCAAGCGCAGGUUGGCUGGAACCGGGCUCAGGCGCAGCGGGCUGAGGCGGAGCAAGCUCAGGCGAGGCAACUCGCUCUCCAGCAGCGACCGGAACAAACAGCAGUGCAGCGGAGAGUCGAGCUGAGCAGCAUACGAUUGGAUCAAGAAAGGGAGCAGGAGAGGGUUGCUGAGCCUCGAUCAUACAGCCCACGUCGACACGAGCCACAUGCUUUGGCAGCACCCCAGCCUCAGCGUAUGGUCCGCUUUCUCCGCCUUCCAGAGAUCCCCAGCAACAGGAUGGGUCUCUCGUCUUCUGGAUCCUCCUCCGAUGCUCCAUUGGAGUUCAAACGUCCUCAUGACUCGGAACAAGAUCCCAGUCACGGCAGACCCGAGGCACAUGGCAAUCGGUCCCUCAAGCGACCAUGCAAAGAUGGAGCUUUGCACGAAGCUGCCAACAGUGCUCUGCAUCAGGCUGAUGAAGCUGCUGCCACAGCCAGGAACAUUCAAUCUGUUGUUGCAGGUGCUGUUGAUGGGGGGCAAGAAGUGGAAGUCGAGGAGAAUGAGGGUGAGGAUGAGGAAGAUGAUGAAGACGCAGAUUGCAGUUCUGAUGAGGAUGUCCGCGCACAAUUCUUCAGAAGACAAAGGGACGACAGAGACGAGGAGGGUCCUGGUCAAGGUCAAGGCCAAGGCCACACCCAAGCUCCGGCUCAAGAUCAUGGCAAUGGAGAUUGCUAUGGCGAGCAAAACGAAGAUGGCAACCCUCCUGCCGACCCAGAGCGCUUCUCAGGUCAAAACAACCAGCAAGUCCUUGGUGACAAUGAGAUCCUCCAACAGCACUCCCUACCACAAGUCUCGUCUAACUCUUCCUCCCUACCCUCGCCGUCAUCUCCUGAGCAAUCACCUCCCUCUCCCUCUCCCUCUCACUCGCCCUUCCCCUCUACCCAAAUACCAACUCUCCGCUCCACUCUCUCUCAACCCCCUCCCUGCACCCUACCUACCCUCAAAGAGUCUACCACCGAACCCGCACACACAAUCCCAUUCCUCCCUUACGAACCCCUCAUAUGGAACUCCAUCCGCCCCAUCGAACGCUCUCGCUAUCCCGCCCGAGAUAUCACAAAUGCGUAUAAACGCGGUCGUGAAGCUAUCGCCGAGAUCGACUGGCAGAAGAAUAAAAUGAGGUUUAUUUCUGGGAUUGAAGGGCCGAUGGAGAGGAGAAGGGGGUGUGUUUGGGUGAGGAGGUAG